AUGCUCCGUCUUUUCGUCUGGGUUGCUGCCCUUCUAGCUUCUGCUAGUACCACCCUCGUUGUUCAUGACUCACGCAACACUGUUCCUGCUGGCUUCGACCAAGGGCUAGUUCCAGACGGUGCAGAGAUGCUCACUCUUCGAAUCGGACUUGUCCCUGCCAACCGGAGCAAGUUUGAGGACAUUGCACUGUCAGUGUCAGAUCGACGAAGCGCUUCAUAUGGGCAAUAUUUGACCGCAGCUGAGUUGUCCGAACUGGUCGGCCCUACAAAUGGAACAUCGGGUCUCAUCACCAACUGGCUGGUCGCAAACAAUGUUACCUUCUCCAGCACGUCUCCUCUGGGCAAUAUGCUGAAGCUCAGACUCUCUGUCCAACAAGCCAACCAGAUGUUCGGGGCAUUAUUUCUCGAGUAUAGACAUAUUGCUAGCGGUCAGAAAGCUAUCCGAACCCUAAGCUACUCUGUUCCUUUGGCACUCAAGGCUCACAUCGGCUUCAUUCAUCCCACCACAAAUUUCGACUUUGCUCCAAAGCCCACUGGUCAAGCGGUCAAUACUCGUACGAAUAACUCUACUAUUUUAUCACGUGCCAGCUUGGUCUCUUCUAGCUGUGAUGAUAUCACCAGCUUGAGUUGUAUACAGGCCUUAUAUGGGGUGCCAUUGAAUGCACAAGUUGUUGUCCCAGGCAACCUGCUCUGGGUUAUGACCAAUGAUCAGUCACCAGUAUAUCUGAAUGACAAUGAUGUUCAAGAAUUUCUUGUUGAAACACGUGCAGGCCUUGCUUUGGGCCCUCCCCUUGUGCCAAUCUUGGAUGAAAAUGCAGAAAUCACUUCUGAAAUGUUUGAUGGGGCAACAAUGAUCCCAACAUUAGCUACAGAGUAUACAGCUGCACUGACAGGCAAAAGAGCACAGCUAUUCAUUGGUGAUAGCAAUCAGGGCUUUCUAAACCCAAUCAUGAACAUGAUUGAUGCAAUCAUGAAUACCAAUAAUAAGCCAACUGUUGUUGUCAUCCCCUCAGGCAUAGCAGAGUCUAUUGGCACAACAAUUGCUGGAAUGAGCAUUGUGUGUGAUGCUCUAGGAGGGCUUGGCACAAUGGGCAAGCCAGGCUUCUGUCUACUUCUUUUCUCUAAUUUUGAGUAG